AUGACGCAAAGUGUCUAUGACAGCAGUGUCUGGGGCAAAAGGCACCUCGACGAUGCUGUUGAGCGCGAGCGAGAGCACGCGCAGGCUGGCGAGCGGGUCGAGGGCGCCGUCCUCGAUGACGGCGACGGCGUUGUCGUCCAGGUAGAGCAGCUCCAGCGACGGGUAGCGCGCGAAGGCGCCGGCCGGCACCUCGCGGAUGCGGUUCAUCCGCGGCGCCGCGCCGCCCGCCGCGCCCAGCGCCACCAGCGCCGCCAGCGCCGCCACCUGCAGCAGCAGCCGCUGCCGCAGGCAGGGCGACCAGCCCCAGCGCGCCAUCGCCAGGCCGCGCCCACGGCAGCCACCCCCUGCAACGCAAUGCUCCGGCUCAGGGAAAUUGAAAGCAUUCCAAAAACGUCCAAGAAUUUACUAGCAAUUACGCAUCUUCAAUUACGAAUAUGCAGAAGUAGCCACAUAGCAACAAUAAAGUCGCCAAGUCUACCCUUCAGUGGAGGGAAGGGUGGGCGACACCUCGGGCAUUGCUUUGGCACCGCAGCAGCUCGCCCUAUUGCAGUGAGUGUAUCCAGUGACCGCGAGUGCCAGGCAGAGAGCGUGGGUGAUCCGGGCCAGUGGUGUUCUUUUCAGGUGGCAAAGGGGAAGAGUUGUGUGAUCGACCAUGGCGGAUGUUAUUGCGAAAUCUCACGAGCUGCUUCUGCGAAUUUCAAGGAAUACAAAGUUCAUGAAUUUCUUCAGAUCUAUUUUCCUGAUGAAUGUGUCGAUAUCUGA